UGUAGUUUGCUACAUUGUUAUGGCAUCUUCUCGCAAUAGUAAUCGUGUUGAGGAAGACGCUAUUGAUAUGAAUGAUGAUAUGGAUGAUGAUGGGUUAGAGGAUAUUCCUAUCGGCGAAGACGGGGAAGCAACAAUAGAAACCGGAUCUCAAAGUGGUGUAUCAAAGAAAAGGAAAAAAGGAAGUGCACGCUCAGAUCAUUGGAAAGGUUUCACACUUAUGUGGGUUGAAGAAGGUGAUCCUCCGGAGAAGACGCGCAAGGGGAAGUGCAAGACAUGUGGAGCUGUAAUUUGCGCCGAUUCAUACCGUAAUGGGACGAAUGGCCUCAAGAACCACACUAUUUCGUGCUCCAAAAAGCAUAAAAAUACAACGGAAGGUCAAACUGUAUUGCAUUUCACACCUGCCAGCACGGAUGGAACUAGCUCAUUGUCAGCUUGGAAGUUUGAUCAGAAGUUUGUUCGACUCACUUUGGCUGAGAUGAUUAUCCUUGAUGAGCUCCCAUUCACACAUGUGGAAAAGGAAGGCUUCCAAAAAUUUGUUGCUGCUGCUUGCCCAAUGUUCCAAAUUCCUAUCAGAGCUGACUGUGUGAAGAUCUUCUUGGAGCGGAAAGAUAGGUUGAAGACUUUCUUCACCAAGAAGGGCAUGGGUAGGGCUCAUUGACCACAGAUAGCUGGACUUCAAUAAACAACACCAAUUUUAUGUGUGUUACUGCACACUUCAUUGGUAAGGAUUGGAGAUUACAUAAGAAGAUCAUUACAUUUGUCAAGAUCGUUAGUCACAAAGCCAUUGAUAUUGGUGAGGCUAUUGUGAUGUCGAUGAAGGAUUGGGGCUUGCAGAGAUUGCUUUGUUGCACGCUAGACAAUGCAACAGCAAACGAUGGGGCAGUAAGAUAUGUGAACUAUUAUCUUGAUGAGGUGCAGUCUAGAGUUCUCGAUGGAGGUUACCUCCAUAUGCGUUGCGCAGCCCAUAUCUUGAACUUGGUGCAAAUGAGCUCACCAUCUACCUCACUGAGAAGCAACACAAAAUGGGUAAGAAUGACGUCGACCAGUUUGAUAUUUUGAUGUGGUGGUCGACCAAUACUCCACUGUAUCCUGUGCUUGCUGAGAUGGCCAGAGAUAUCUUAGUUGUCCCCAUAUCUAGUGUUGCUUCAGAGUGUGCAUUUAGUAUGGGAGGACGUGUUCUAUCACCGUAUAGAAGUUCUUUGGCGCCGAAAAUGGUUGAGGCCUUGAUUUGUGCUGAGGAUUGGUUAAGAUCUACCAGCUUUGAUAAAAAAGAUGAAGAAGGCGUUUCAGAAGAAAAGCAACAGCAGGAGUUUGAAUCGGUGCUCCAUAGCUAUACUCAUGGUGAUUCGAGGCCGACACAGAGUCAAACGGAGCUAAGUGGAACUCGUGCAUCGUAGUCGUAGGCUCGUAGCUAUGGACAUCAUUUUGUGAUCUAGUUGUGUACUAGACUUUGUCUUUGACAUUUGUUUGAGACUUUGUGUACUAGACUUUGACUUUGUGUAUUAGACUUGUGUACUAGACGUUCGUUCCAUUUAAAAUUUUAGACUUCGGAGUUGAGAUUUGUGGUUGUUGAUUUUGGUUUUGAUGUUAUAUAUUAUUUGUUAAAACA